AUGGCAGUAGAGUUGAGGCUGACUACCUCGAAGCCUGCUUCUUUCUAUCUGCGCGCGGCGAGGUCAUUCUUGGAAGGCGUUCCCGCCAAGGAUGACAAAGCAGCUAAGCCGCCGGUGGAUACCGUGACGCUGACGGCGCUUGGAAAUGCCAUCAGCGUAGCAUGCUUCAUCGGAGGCACCUUGGAAAAGGAGGGACUUGCGACCAUCGCAUCUGUCCGUACCAAGUGGACUUCCGUGGCUGGGCCCAUGAAGCACACGCCGAACAUUACCGUGGUGCUCAAAAGGAAAGCGGCGGAGAAAGCCUUGUCCGGUUCCCUGGCAGUCACCAACGAGAGCACCUCGCCCAUCGAAGGGCAGAAGCCAGGCACUUCCGGCCUCAGAAAAAAAACUAAGGUCUUCAUGGGCAAGAACUACCUGGAGAACUUCGUUCAAUCCACUUUUGAUGCCUUGAAGGCAACCGGUGUGCCUGUGGAGGGUGGCACCAUUGUCAUCGGAGGAGAUGGCCGCUAUUUCAACAAGGAUGCCACUCAGCUCAUCGCCAAGAUGUCGGUUGCCAAUGGAGUGAAGACAAUUUGGAUGGGAAACGACGCUUUGCUGAGCACUCCAGCGGCAAGCGCCGUGAUUCGCACCCGUGAGGGUGGCUUUGUGCCUUUCGGAGCCUUCAUCCUGUCGGCCUCUCACAAUCCAGGUGGCUUGGACGAAGACUUUGGCAUCAAGUUCAACUGCGAAAACGGCGGACCAGCACCAGAGAAGGUCACUGAGAAGAUCUUUGAGAACACCACGAAGAUCUCUGAGUACAAGAUUUGCAAAGGUUUCCCAACAAUUGAUCUCACCACCAAGGGAACCUAUGUGGUGGAAGGCAAGAUCCGUGUCGAUGUCUUCGACUGCGCUGAAGAUCAUGUCGGGCUGCUGAUGAAGGUUUUUGAUUUUGAAGCCAUCAAGAAGCUCAUUGCAAGGAAGGAUUUCAGCAUGGUCUACGACUCCAUGAACGGAGUGCAGGGUCCCUACGCUCGGCGUGUAUUUAUUGAUGAGCUUGGUGCACCGGAGUCAGUGCUGAUGAACGCAGUUCCCAAGGAGGACUUCGGUGGCAAGGAUACGCCCUCCCAUGGCCAUGCAGAUCCCAACCUCACCUAUGCAGUGGAGUUGGUGCAGAAGAUGGGAACCAACAAGACAGGUGAGAAAGUGGGCAGUGGUGAUGGCGUGCCGGAGUUUGGCGCGGCUGCUGAUGGAGACGCAGACAGGAACAUGAUUCUGGGCAAACAGUGGUUCGUGAGCCCCUCUGACAGUCUCGCCAUCAUUGCGGCCAAUGCCGGCUGCAUCCCUUACUUCAAGGAGGGCCUCAAGGGAUGUGCGCGCUCCAUGCCAACAUCCGGUGCCUUGGACUUGGUGGCCAAGAAGAAGAAGAUCCCCUGCUUCGUGGUACCCACCGGCUGGAAGUUCUUUGGCAACUUGAUGGACUCGGGUGAUGAGAGGUACUUCCCUGACUCUGACAUCUACACUCCUUUCUUGUGCGGAGAGGAAAGUUUCGGCACUGGUAGCAGCCACGUUCGGGAGAAGGAUGGUAUGUGGGCGGUGUUGGCAUGGUUGCAAAUCCUUGCCAGCAAGAACCAAGACGAGUCCAAACCAUUAGUUUCAGUCGAGCAGAUCACCAAGGACCAUUGGAAGGUCUACGGGCGCAACUACUACUGCCGCUACGACUAUGAAGGGGUGUCGUCAGAGUCAGCGAGCACGAUGAUGAAGAAUUUGAUCGAAAAACUUCCGACGCUGAAGGGAACAGAGAUGAAGGGCAUGAAAUUUGAGUCUGCGGAAAACUUCGAGUACAACGAUCCAGUGGACAAGUCCGUCUCCUCCAAUCAGGGCGUUCAGAUUUGUUUCACUGACGGCUCUCGCAUCAUCUUCCGCCUGAGCGGUACUGGCUCCGCCGGAGCAACCAUUCGCCUCUACCUGGAGAAAUACGAAAAGCCCAGUGGAAAUCUGGACUUGUCACAGUUCGAGGUUGUAAAGCCUUUGGCCGAGUUGGCGCUUGAGCUGUCGGAUCUCUCAAACCUGACUGGCCGCAAUGAGCCCACGGUCAUCACCUAA